GGUAGGACGCCGGCACCCCUGCCUCGUCCUCGCGGGAAUUGAUGGCGACGCUGCUCAUCCACCUACGACGCCACGCGUCCUUUCCCGAGACGCCACGCACCCAUCUGCGACGCCGCCGACCUUCGACGCGUGCACCGGUCCUGGAGGGAUCGCGUCACCUGCGACUCGGCCGACUUCCAACAAGAUGGCCGUCAUCCUCGCCCUAGACAUGAACCUGCUUAGUACACACACUCACACACACACAUACACGAAUAUUUAUAGUGGCGGCAGUUGGUUCAACCACCUUGAGGGAACGGUCACGCAGCGCGUCUCGGUCCAGACAGUCGCGGUCUUCUCGCGUGCUAUUGACCCUUUUUCACCACAGGGGCGGUGCACAAACCACGCAGGACGGCGUCGCCUUCGACGGUCCUCCGCGUGGCGAAACCUGGGGGCGCGAGGAAACAAUCGCCAGGACCCUUCCGGGUGGGCGAGGAGUCUUUCCUCCGGUGCGCCUCGAGUCACGAAGAGAGACCCUGAAUAA